CAACAAGGUAAAUUUUCCCGAGUCUUUCUCCUAGAAUCCGCUCUUUGAUUAAAACUAUGUUGAUUUCUAAGAUACUUGUCAAAAAUUGCAAUUAAAAGUUGAAAAACUCUUGCCCACACACUUUAAUCCCAGAUUAAGUUGUGAUGGUCUAUGGAUAGAUGGCAGACAAACGAAGAUGGUCGACUCGUUCAUUGGCCAAUCGGGAAUCAAAGGGGAGGGGCUCAUGGUUUUCGUUGUUAGCAUCGUUACGUGUAAAAUUUCAACGGGGAGUUGACGUAACAAUAUCUAGUACCUGUUUCGUGCGGAGUUUUGUUGAAGCUGGCAACUACGAAAAGAUGGUUGCUGUUGCAGAAUUCUAACCCAAAGAUGGAGUAGUAGUUAUUGCAGAUGUGUCAAAAACCAUAGCCAGAUAGCCCGACUUAAAUAUUAAACACUCGAUCAACAUUUUCGGGCGGCGUCUUGAUUUAUUUGUGUAUUCAAUCGCCGAAAAGCAGCAGUUUCUUCAAGUGAAGUUUGACCAAGAAAUAGCCCCCGUCUGCCGCUCCUCGAGGAGAGGACAAUGAGAAUGGUGUUGUCACAGCGCCAAAAAGAAGAAUUGAAUAGAGCAAUUGCUGACUACUUACUAUCCAGCGGCCAUGUAGACUCACUUGAAGCAUUUAAGAGAGAAGCAGACAUUAGUGGAGAUGUUGACAAAAAGUACACUGGGUUGCUGGAAAAGAAGUGGACUUCUGUUGUCAGGCUUCAGAAACGGGUGAUGGAGCUAGAAGCCAAAUUGGCUGAAGCUGAGAAAGAAUUCAUUGCUGGGGCCCCAACGAGGGAAAAGCGGAGCCCCACAGAAUGGAUUCCCAGAGCUCCAGAGAAGUACAUUUUGUCUGGUCAUCGAGCACCAGUUACCAAGGUGGUGUUUCAUCCUGUAUUUAGUGUUUUCGUCUCAGCAAGCGAAGACGCCACUAUCAAAUUAUGGGAUUUCGAAACGGGUGACUUUGAACGUACGCUCAAGGGCCACACUGACUCGGUGCAAGACGUAACCUUUGACUCGAACGGGAAAAUGCUUGCUUCUUGCAGUGCAGACAUGUCGGUCAAGUUGUGGGAUUUCAACACGUUCGAGUGCACCAAAACGUUGCAGGGUCAUGACCAUAACGUUAGCAGCGUCACCUUCCUACCUACGGGCGAUUUUCUCGUCUCGUCCAGUCGUGAUAAAACCAUAAAAAUCUGGGAAGUGGCAACCGGGUAUUGCGUCAAGACUCUUUCGGGACACCGAGAGUGGGUGCGGCAGAUCAGAGUAUCACCCGACGGUCUUUUACUCGCCUCUUGUUCCAACGACCAAACCGUCCGCAUUUGGCUUCUCUCCUCCAAGGAAUGCAAGAUGGAGAUGCGAGAGCACGAGCACGUAGUCGAAUGUGUUGCCUGGGCGCCCGAGUCUGCUACGGCAGCUAUUCAAGAGGCCACAGCUUUGGCUGCCUCUUCUUCCAACUCGGCACCCACUGAGAACCAUAAAAAAUCCAAUCUCACGGGCCCCUUCUUGGCAUCCGGCUCUCGAGAUAAAUCCAUCAAGAUCUGGGAUGUAUCUACUGGCCUGUGCGUUCUAACUCUGACCGGGCACGACAAUUGGGUGCGCGGCCUGGUAUUCCACACGGGUGGCAAGUACUUGCUAAGUGCCGCUGACGACAAGACGCUUCGCGUUUGGGAUCUGCGUCACAGGCGGUGCCUCAAAACCCUCGAAGCUCACCAGCACUUUUGCACGUCUCUGGAUCUCCACCGUACGGCGCCCUACGUAGUGACGGGCAGUGUCGAUCAGACGGUCAAAGUCUGGGAAUGUCGCUGAAGAAGGAUCGAGAUAGAAAGAACACGAGGAAGAAAAUUACCAGACGUUAACAUAACAACAAAAAGGAUAAUACCGAUAAAACCAGAAAAAAAAGCUAUCAAACUAAUGCGGAUUAUUUCGUUAGAACCCUUAAACAAUCAUUUUUUUUUCUUUGUUAUUUUUUCGCCUCUUAAACAACUCAAAAAGUAAAAAAACAACAACAACAUAUUUUGGCACUUCUUCUAAUUCUUCAGUGAAAAUGUAAAAAUCCUUCCUUCUGUAUUCCCUCACAACCCCAAUUUUUUUUUUUUUUUGCAGCAUAAAGCCGGGCAGGGCGCGGUGUUCCCACAGUGUGCCAUUGUUGGUUCUAUUUCAAAACAAACAAAAAAAAAAUGAAAAACAAAAGCAACAAAAAAAAAAACACAAGAGAAAUGAAAAAAUUUGGAAAGAAUAAUAUCUUACCACCCUCAAAAUAGCAGCAGCAGAGAUCGAUUCAGAGUGGAUUUUUUUUUUUGGGUUUCAUUCAUGCUUGAAAGCUGACGCACUUGUAUCCUCUCUCGAAUAACGGCGCACUAUACAUCUUCUCGAAAAAAAACAACAACAUAAUGUCCUACAGCCUUUUUGAAUAGGUAAAGAAGAAGAAAAAGCUUAUGUUUUAUUUUCAUUCCUCUCUUCCGCGCUCCAGUUUGUUUUGUUUGUAAUUUUUCCUUUCUUUUUUUCACAUCUGGGCCUGUACAUGUUUCUCUCAUCAAACGAAAAAAAAAAGAAAACAGACUCAUCAAAGUUGGAUUAUUUUCCAUCUUUUUUUUUCUCUAUCUAAAUAAUUUUGUGUAGUCUUUUGCAGCACACGGAGGGGAUAAUGGGAAAAAGUUCUUUCUUUCGAUCUUUUUCAAUUCGCUCAUUGUCAUGCCAUCAUCAUUUGUUAAACGUGUAAAAAUCACGAAACUAUUUUAUAAUCUUUUUUUUUUCCCUUUUAUUUGGGUUGUAGUUAAUGUUUUUCCUUCUUCUCAGAAAAAAAAUUCCCCGGUUGUAUUUUUUGUUCUAAUUCUCACUUUAGGUGCCUCUAUGAAGAAAAAAAAAAUUACCUUUUCAUUUAUUUUUUUUUUUUUUCUCCCUUCCAGAUCCUUGAACCUGCCUUUUGCCCUUUCUCCUCGAUCCCUUACUUAAUUAUUAUAACUAUAUAAUGAUUAUUAUUUUGUGGUUUUUAAAAAUUGUUUAGUUAUUAUCUCAUUUUUUCUCUGAAAAUCCAAAUUUCGAAUCCCAAACAUUUUUUUUUUGUUGUUGCUGCUGCUGUUGCUGUAUCGGCAAUACAUCCACCGUGUGGCACUGGUGUCGAUAACGAGAUUGAA